GCCGCGGCGCACGGACGGUCAGAGAUGGACGACACCGACUUCUCGCUCUUCGGGCAGAAGAACAAGCACAAGAAGGACAAGGCGGAUGCCACCCAGAUCGCCAAGACGCCCACCUCGGAGCUGGACCUCAAGCGGAUCAUCAUCUCGCGCCCCACCAACGAGGACACAUACGAGAACUGCGCGCGGGCGGGCAUCGCGCUGAUCCUCAACCACAAGGACGUCAAGGGGCAGAAGCAGCGGGUGGGCACGGAGCGGGACCGCGAUGACAUGGAGGCCACGCUGCAGGGGUUCGGAUUCGAUGUGCGCACCUUCGACGACCUCACCUUCUCCGAGAUCAACGACAAGCUCAAAGAGGUUGCUCGCGAGGAUCACAGCCAAAACGACUGCUUUGUGCUGGCGGUGAUGUCGCACGGCACUGAGGGAAAGGUCUACGCGAAGGACAUGUCGUAUCCUGUGGAGCGCCUGUGGAACCCCUUCCUCGGCGACAACUGCAAGACGCUCAAGAACAAGCCCAAGCUCUUCUUCAUCCAGGCCUGCCGCGGAGCCAACCUGGAGAAGGCCGUCGAGUUCUCCAGCUUCGCGGUGAUGACCAGGGAACUGGUCCCGGAACCCGCGGCCGCCGCCCAGCCCAUCACCUACGCCAUUCCCAGCACGGCGGACAUGCUCGUCUUCUAUUCCACCUUCGACAAAUUCUUCUCAUUCCGGAACGUCGACGACGGCUCCUGGUUCAUCCAGAGCCUGUGCCGCGUCCUCGACCAGGCCGCCGCCAACGAAGCUGGGACGCCGGAGGGCGCCGAGCUGCUCCGCCUGCUGACCGCCGUGAACCGCAAGGUGGCCUACGAGUACCAGUCGAAUACGAAGAACGAGGCCCUCAACCAGAUGAAGGAAAUGCCCAACUUCAUGUCCACGCUGACCAAAACAUUCCAGCUGCGUGUUAAGCCCAAGACCUGAGCUCCGGUCACGGAAUUGUCGCUCAGCGACAAUCCCAUCGGAUUGUGAUGGUGACUGUGAGUCAGUCGGCGGGUCAGGAGCGAGGGACACCACAACUCUUUCGUUUAAUCGUAAUGUUUGCCAUUUGUUAAUAGAAAUACAUAUCGAUGGCACUUA